CCCUCCUUCUCCUCCUCCGCUCCUCACACAAGGAAGAAGGAUCUCUUACACAUCCAGCCUCUCGGUCUCCUGUCUCCGCUCCUAGCCGGACACCGCCGCCAUGAGCUGGGGCACGGAGCUGUGGGAUCAGUUCGAUAAUUUAGAGAAGCACACGCAAUGGGGAAUAGACUUCUUGGACAAAUAUGCUAAAUUUGUGAAAGAGAGGUUAGAAAUCGAACAGAACUACGCAAAACAACUAAGGAAUUUGGUGAAGAAAUAUUGUCCAAAGAGGUCGUCUAAAGAUGAUGAACCAAGGUUUACAUCUUGUGCAUCCUUUUAUAAUAUCCUCAACGAACUGAAUGAUUAUGCUGGACAACGUGAAGUGGUGGCAGAAGAUAUCGGACACAGAGUUUAUGCAGAAAUAAUGAGAUAUUCCCUUGACCUGAAAGCAGAGAGAAAAUCGCAUCUUCAGGAGGGGAGGAAAGCCCAACAGUACCUAGACGUAUGCUUUAAACAGAUGGACAACAGUAAAAAGAAGUUUGAACGAGAAUGCAGGGAAGCAGAGAAGGCACAGCAGACCUUUGAGAAAAUGGACAAUGACACCAAUGCCACCAAGUCCGAUGUAGAGAAGGCAAAACAGCAGCUUAACCUGCGAACACACAUGGCUGACGAGAGCAAAAAUGAAUACGCCGCCCAACUUCAAAACUUCAAUGCCGAACAAAACAAACAUUUCUACAUUGUUAUCCCACAGGUUUACAAGCACCUUCAAGAAAUGGAUGAACGGAGGACUGUGAAGCUGGGCGAGUGUUACAAAGGUUUUGCUGAUGCAGAGCGUAAAGUUAUCCCAAUUAUCUCCAAGUGCUUAGAAGGAAUGGUGCAGGCUGCCAAGUCUGUAGAUGAACGCAGGGACUCUCAGAUUGUGGUGGACUGCUUUAAAUCUGGUUUUGAACCCCCUGUGGACUACCCGUUUGAAGAUUACAGUCUUCACAUUUACAGGACAGUUUCAGAUGGUACCAUCAGUACCCCAAAACAGGAAGUAAUGCGGAAUGACCCCAAGAUUACAAUGGGCAAGGCUAAGGGGAAGUUGUGGCUCUUUGGAAAGAAACCCAAGUGGUCGUUAAGGAUGGGGCCAUCUUUAGAGGAUUUUAGUCAUCUUCCUCCAGAGCAAAGACGUAAGAAACUGCAGCAAAGAAUUGAUGAAUUAAACCGAGAGCUUCAAAAAGAAAUCGAUCAAAAAGAGGCGCUAAAUAAAAUGAAAGAUGUGUAUGAGAAGAGCCCACAAAUGGGAGACCCUAGCAGCUUGCAACCAAAAAUAGCGGAAACAAUGAGUAACAUUGAAAAGUUGAGGAUGGAAAUUCAUAAAAAUGAGGCUUGGCUAUCAGAGGUGGAGGGCAAAGUAUCACAAAGGAGUGAGAGGAGGCACAGCGCAGAGGCCAAUCACCUUGUAGCACAAGGGAGAGAGAGCCCAGAGGGAAGCUACACAGAAGAUGCCAACCAAGAGGGCAGAAUCCAGCCACAGCCUCAUGUGCAUUCAGAGUUUGAUGAAUUUGAUGACGAUGACGACCCCCUUCCAGCCAUAGGUCAUUGCAAGGCACUCUAUCCAUUUGAUGGUAAUAAUGAAGGCACUCUGUCUAUGAAAGAAGGUGAAGUUAUGUACAUUAUUGAGGAAGAUAAAGGAGACGGCUGGACAAGGGCAAGACGACAAAAUGGAGAGGAGGGCUAUGUCCCCACAUCAUACAUAGAUCUUACUCUAGAGAAAAACAGUAAAGGCAUACAUAUGAAUGAAUCAACUCAACAUAACUAAUCCUGGCAAUUAAUUCAGAAAAUGUUCCUGAAGCGGGUGUCUGUGAACCUGGGCGAGAUGUGGAAGGCGUUUACAUGCAGCUUCUUUUAAGGGGAGGGGAUUAGGUCGGGGACACAUGUGAGAACAGCAACACGCAUGUACGCAUGAUACAUACAUACAUUGUUCACUAACUUUUACAGACACCCUGAUUUAUAUUUUUUGGGAACAUGGUGCAUUUUCUGCUUCUGUCAGAAACUGCAUCAGGUAUCUGCCCUUCAUCAUUUCAUCUUUUUAUUGUUAAACUAUUUAACUGGAAAACAAACUAGUGAAUGUUUUGCUGCACUUCUGCCUCUAUUUUGCCUCUUUGUUCUAGGCUCAUCACUGUGGAACUGCAGUCUCUAUUACAUUGAAAAUCCUGCUACUCCUUUCAUGAAACCAAAAAAUCUAUUCAAAUCUUUCUAAUAAACUUCAGAUUGCCAUUUGAGGUUUUUAAUUAACCACUGUGGUUCAAAAUUCCAAUGUUUACAUAAUCAGAAUUGGUCAGGAGUAAUUUGCAGAAAAUUAAUUUAAGCAGCACUAUAAAUAUUCACUAGAGUGUUUGAUUCUUCAUAUCUAUGAGGCUGGGUGCCUUCAGGAUGUUAACUUGCCAAUGUUGCCUGUGCCAUCUGCAUUAUUAAUGCUAAUCCUUCCUGCCUGCAUGAAUCGUACUUCUGUCCAUAACUAUUCCAUAGCCUGUUUUUCCUUCCACAGUCUGCACUUUUAGGCGCCAUUCUGUCGGAACCUUUUUUUCCCUUGUCCACCAAUCACUUAAUAUCUCCAAACCAUUUUUUUUUUUUUACUUUUGUUGCUAUGACUCUUCGUUAUUUCUGAUAACUUAUUACAUUCCAGUUUUUUUAUUUUGGAAAUCGAUGAACUUUUGUAUAUGUCUUGCACAUGCGCCAUUCUGGGCAAAAGAACAAUCUGGCUCAAGAUGUGCCCCUCAAGUUCAUCCACACACAGGGCACAGAGCAGUUGGCCAAAGACUGAAGAUCUUCAGUGUUCUCUCCAGACCCGACUCGACUACUUUCCCAUCGGAUGCUGCCUUAAACUGGAGUGCCUAGGAGGUCGAUUGCCAGUGUAUUGUUAAAAGGGUUAUUUUAUAGUUUCCUUUCAAACGGCUUAAAGCAGUGAUUUAUAAACCUAUCCUCAGGGAAUAACCUUUUUAAGACCAUGCUUCUCUGUUGAUUUAACCAAUUUGUAUGUAUCAAAACUUUGGUUCAAUCAGUUAUGUUAAUGGAUUUCUUAUGACUGGUAAUUUCUGAGGAUAGUGCUUAAGAAACCUUGUCUUCUCCUCAGUGUUUCAAGGUCUAACAUGAAUCCAGGCUGUAACCCUCCAAACACUGGGGAAGUCUACUGUGCCACAACUGCAGAAGUGGCCUCUGUGCUGGUUCUCUGUGGUUGACCAUUCUGGAUAACUUCAUGUAGAAUCCAGACCAUGUAACACAAUCAUUGUAUUUUGUUGAUUGUCUUUAGAACUGUAGAGUAUUUGUGGGUUAGGAGGUCCACUUUAUUGCAUUGGUAAAUCUGUUUGCAGGCAAUCGUUUUAUUGUAUAAAUCUGAUGAAAUAAGAGUAAUACUUAAUUAUGUGCACUUUUCUUUUAUAAACAAGUGUAUCAAUCUGUUUUAUAAUGUACAUAGAGUUGUCUAAGACAACUUGAAUCGCUUGUCUAGC